UUCUUUUAUUUAUAACUCGAGACUCGGAUAUCCUCGUGCGUCAGUAACGUUACCAAAGUGUUUAUGAACGUACAUGCAUUGGACAUUCUUUGUGUGUAUGACCAACUGUUAUUGUCUUGCAAUCACAGAGUUACAAUCUUAGUAAGACGUUUGAGACUUUAAACGUUACUGUAAUUUAACCUUUCAUUAGAUGCACCUAAGUUUGUAAAUAGGCACAGAGAAGAAGAGGUGAAAUCAUGGACAUUGGAGUAUCUGUAAAGCAAAACCAUUUGCCAAAAGAAAAACGAGCAGAAUUAUUGAAAAUUUUUAAAUCAUUCGACGAGAAUGGUGACGGCAAGGUCUCUAAGCACGAGUUGGUUCGAGCUUCCAAAAAGAUGGGAGUCAACAAAACCCUCAAAGACAUAGAAAAAGUCCUCCGAACAAUAAACACUGAUAGAGAAGGCUAUAUAACAUUCCCUCAACUAGAAAAACUUAUGGCUGGGGAAAGCGUUGAGAUUGACUACGAAGAUGAAAUGUUACGAGCUAAGUUUAAUGAAUUUGAUCUGGAUGGUGACGGCUCCAUUACAAAGAAGGAACUGAAGACCGUAUUGCGUUCUAUGGGAUCUGAAAUGCCGGAGGCUGAAGCGGAAGCCAUGAUUCACGAAGCUGAUAAAAAUGGUGACGGAGUCAUUAGUUUUGAUGAAUUUAAAGCAGUUUUAACAAGUGGGGAUUUCUAAUGUUAGAUUCUCUUCUUGACAACGUAUGUGCUGUUUCAACCACCACCACCCCCAAGACCACUUCCCGUUUCUUGUGAUCAACUUUCAUUGUCACAACCAAUCAACGAACUGCAAUACUUACUGAUGUUAGAUUCUGAUAGCAAGGAUCUGUUUUCAUUGUUACAUUGUGUUAUUUUUGUUGUUUUUUAUUAACACAAAGCCAUUGAUGUAUUCAAGAUGUAAUAGAACAUCAACCAUUGCCAGUAUGGUGCGAUGCAAUAAAGUGGAAUAUUGAAUUUCUAGUUAUACUGGUAUACAUUGAUAUUGUUGGUAAAAAAAAAGCUUUGUAUCCGAGAAUUUACAGGUCAUUCAACUUUGUACUUACCGUUCCUUCAUUUUCAACCAUUGACACCAUAAAAUCAUGCAGUGUUUAAUUAAAAUUAAUUAAGUUACAUUCUGAUAUUGAGCCACAGGGGCAUGGUCAAUCUUGUCAGCCAAAUUGCAUUGACGCGUGUUCUUAGUUUGUUGAAUAUUGACACUUUCUAAAAAUGAUUAUCAUACAACGACCUUUUAUAAAUAUAAAGGAAAAAUGAAUUUUUAGUUUUAAACCAAAGGGAAUUUCCCCCAGAGAAUAACAAUUCAGCGAUUAUGAUGAACUAAUAACCUUUUUUACUUUCGUUACAUCAAUUUACCUUAACGAUUUACCUAAUAUAUCUGACAUCAUAUGUAUGUAAAAUGUAUGUAAAAUUAAUGAUUAAAAAUGACUUGAAUUGAU